AUGGAAAUGAUUGACGGUAUCGAAUGGGUGCCAUCACAGUCAGGCCGCCGCAAGCAGGAUUUUGGACCAAAGGUCAAUUUCAAGCACAAAAAGGUGAAAGUGGACACGUUUGUAGGCAUGCCGGAAUAUGCUGAUAUGUUGCUUGAUAAGAUGCGGGCUAUUUCGCAGGAGAAGCUUGGUAACUAUGUGCCCUUUGAAAUGUGUAACUUGGAGUACGAUGAAAAUAGGAAAAGUGCCAUAGAGAUGCAUUUUGACGACACCUGGAUCUGGGGUAAUCGUCUUAUCAGCAUCAAUUUGCUUAAUGGAUCCGUUAUGACGUUGGCAAACGAAGAGACGCAACAGCUGUGCUUCAUAUGGAUGUCCCGCGGAACUUUAUUGUGUAUGUCUGAUGAAGCAAGGUAA